UAGACACUAAUUUAUUUAACCGUGAUAAUUAGACUCUCUUUUCAUGACACUAAAUAAGAAAUCAAACGUCAUGCAAAACAAGUGAAACCCCAAAAUCUAAUUACAAUAACAAAACAAACCUAUUUCCUCUCCUCCCAUUCAAAGCUUGUCUUCUCCCUCCCAACAUUUAAAAUCUGUAUAAAUAUCAUUGAUUCGCAAUCCUCCAUUAUCAUCAAUGGAGAAAUUCGCCGUCUUCUUCGCAUUCCUCUCCGUUUCCGCUGCCUCCAGAACACUCCCGCCCAAUUCCAACUCCAAUAUCCUCCAUGUUUCUGCCACCAUUUCCAACACCCAGUCUCUGUUCUCGCACAAUUCUAGAGGCGUACUACCCUCAAUGCACGCGGUACACCACCGGAAGCCAUCGGUUUCGGUUUCUCCCCUCAGUUUCGACCUCCACCCGCGAUUGUCAUUCAGCGGAACGUCGGAGAAGAACUACAAAUCGCUCGCUCUGGCGCGCCUCCGCCGCGACUCCGCCCGAGUCGAGGCGAUUCAGAGUAGGCUAGAUCUUACGCCUCUGGAGGCGGAGAAGCUGGAGGGGGCGGUGAUCUCCGGCACGAGCCAGGGAAGCGGCGAAUACUUCAGCCGCGUGGGAGUGGGGAGGCCGCCGCUGGAGGCGUACAUGGUGCUGGAUACAGGGAGUGACGUCAGCUGGCUGCAAUGCGCGCCCUGCUCAGACUGUUACCAACAGUCCGACCCGAUUUUCGACCCGAGGCAAUCCUCCUCCUUCACGCCCCUCGCAUGUGACACCAGGCAAUGCAGAUCUCUCGACGUCUCCGAAUGCCGCAACGACACGUGUCUCUACGAGGUCUCCUACGGCGACGGCUCCUACACCGUCGGCGAUUUCGUCACUGAGACCGUCACCUUCGCCGGAUCUCAAUCCGUCGACAAAAUCGCAAUCGGCUGUGGCCACAAUAACGAGGGGCUAUUCGUCGGCGCCGCCGGUCUGAUCGGCCUCGGCGGCGGCAAGCUCUCCUUCCCCUCGCAGAUCAACGCCACCUCCUUCUCCUACUGCCUCGUCGACCGCGACUCCGCCUCCGCCUCCACGCUCGAUUUCAAUUCCCCCGCGCCUCCGGGAGCCGUAACGGCGCCGAUGGUACGGAGCCCUAGCCUGGACACGUUCUACUACGUGGAUCUGUCCGGAAUCAGCGUCUCCGGCGAGAUGCUGCCGAUCUCUCCGUCGACGUUGAAGCUGAACGUCGACAGCGGCGAAGGAGGCGUGAUUGUGGACUCCGGCACGGCUGUGACGAGGCUGCAGGAGGAGGCGUACGACGCGAUGCGAGAGGCGUUUAGGAAGGGGACGGCGGAGCUGCCGGAGGCGGACGGAGUGGCGCUGUUCGACACGUGCUACGAUCUGAGGUCGAGGAGGAGCGUGGAGGUGCCGACGGUGUCGUUUCAUUUCUCGAACGGGAAGGAGCUGGCUUUACCGGCGAAGAACUACAUGAUUCCGGUGGACUCGGCAGGGACAUUCUGCUUCGCUUUUGCAGGGACGUCGUCUGGGCUUGGGAUUAUUGGGAAUGUUCAGCAGCAGGGGACACGUGUCACUUAUGAUCUCGCUAAUUCUCUCAUUGCCUUCUCUUCCAAUAAUUGCUAAGAGCACACUAGAUUUGUGAGUGUGUGGGCCGGGCCUCAACAACUGUAAGCCCAUAUAGAGAUUCUGUAUAAAUUAUGGAGUAAUUAUUGCAGCAAGAUAUAGUGUUACUACUCCACCUAGGGAGGUUUCAAUCUGAAUUUGACGGGUUGGUCCAAAUAAUCCACCAAAUUAGACAGUUAUGGCUUAGAAAAUAUAACCUGAUAAGAUAGUUGGGCAACCCCGUCAGACUAGUGAGUCGACUUGUCGGGUUAUGGUAAUUUAGGAUUUUUUAUUUUUGUGUUUAUGUUUCUAAUUAACUGGCGCAUAAACUAAUUGGGUACAGGUACACUCCAAUUCUCAAUAUUCUUGAUUCACUAAUUUUACAUUAA